AUGGUCCAAGAGGAGAAAGCUACUUUGAAGCCACCCCAAGAAGGAGAAACUGAAGAAACAAUCAAGGAAGAUCCCAUUCCUAAGCCCAAGCAGCUUGCCAAACAAGCAAGGAGUAAGACUAAGGCCCCUACACCAAAACCGCCCAAGGGAUCAACCAAGAUUGAAGAUGAGGCCAAGCCAAGAAGAAGUAGUGCCAAGGGACAUUCAUGGAGAGAUUGUCUAUCCAGCUGUGAAUCACCCACCAGAUACUCAUUGCAAGGAGAAAAGACUUGGCAAAUCAAGCUAGGGAGUAGUAGCUCCAAUGCAAGAGCAGCAAUACCAACUUCACCACAUUCCAUUGAUGCAAGUCAAGAACAUGUGGAGAGUCCAAGAAGAGGAGAAGAUGAUUGGGCACUUGUAACCUUUGUUGGAGAACAAAAUCAAGACCCAAGAAGUGCAAGAAGGCAAUGGAGAAGGUGA